UCAUUUUGUCAUUUGUAUGAUGAAAAACAUCUUUGCUAGCCAAGGGUUUAACGAUCCGCUCCAUUUCUUUACAUUGUAGAUUCUUUACAUUGUAGAGAAGCGGAGCGGAACGUAAACCCUUGGCUAGUGAAGAUGGAUGAAAAAGUGACGAUAACGAACGGUCAUCUAUCUCGUAAGUCCUAUUAAGAAUGCAAAAUUAAGAGUAGGACAAACACGGAUCCCUGGACAUACCAGAGGUGAAAUCAGGUGCCUAGGAGGAGUAAGCACCCAGGCGAGCCUUAAAUCUUACUAUUUGAUAGAGGUCUAACCUUUUGUAUUUUUUACUAAUUGCUAUCCUGUUCCACAAAUUUCACGUCGAAAGUACCGUAAUUCGAUUAUUUGUCAGUUAUGUUGUAAGUAAUGAUUUUAACAAUAGACAAAUUGCAUGUAUAUAAUUACAUUUACAAUUCAUGUACUGUAAUUAUACUUAUAUAUGGUCUACUAUAUAUUACACUGUGUAUUUUUUAGCAUAGCUUUUUAUAUUCAUUCAUAGAUCUAUUUAUUUAUUGUACUUUUAUCAAUUGUGUUUUUAAAUCUGAUUUCUCGACUACAUAAACAACACGAUUUUGAAACGCAAAAAAGACUGCAACAUCAUCUAACGUUCAGCCUAACAUGUUUUGCACCGCAGUACACAACAUAUCAAUUCUAGAUGAUAAAAUCUGACACACAUAUACACAACAAGAUAACAGAGUAUAUAUUGCGUGGUUUGGUUCUGUUUUAUAACAUUACAUACCGUAUGAAUUUAUAUCGAAAACAUGGAUUUUCUUCAUCUGAUUUUAGCAGCCCUGCUGACGUCCAUUGCAUGCAGUGAAGGCGCUGCCAUUGAAAAGAAGAAAGAUUUGACCAAUUACCAGAACGCUUCAUUGUUAACCUCUGAUACAAUAGGUUCGCUGAAGGAAGUCCUUUUGAACCAGGAACUUUCUCAGAAAUUGCAUCUUGUGCAGAACGUCGCCCAGGUUAUGCGGGAUGUCCAAGUUCUGCAAACGGAAAUGAGAAAUUCACAGGAGGAGAUACGCCGUCUUGGGGCGGAAAAUGCAGGUCUUAAAAAGGAAUUAGGAGUCCACGUCAUGAACUACUCCCUGGACAAUGUCAAAAAUUCUCUUGAGGGUUAUGACCAGAGCAACAAAGCACCGGUCGUUGCCUUUUACGCUUACUUUUCAAACAAUUUCAAAUUCCUUUUGGCUGGUCAAACGUUCGUGUUCGAUUCUGUUGAAACAAACCUCGGAAAUGGCUACAAUCGAAAGACAGGCAUAUUUACAGCGCCGACUGGUGGGGUGCAUGCUUUCACUUGGACGAUUGCAGCAGCCGGUACGCAUGCCGCUGGAACAUCCGGCGCAUACGGUGAGACUUCCGCGCAACUGAGACAAAAUGGCGCACCCAGAGGCUCCGUAAAAGUGGAUUCUGAAAAAGAACAUGAUGACGAAGUUUCAACAGGCUUCGUCGUUUUGAGCGUCAGAGCUGGUGACGAGAUACAGAUAGUGAAUCCGGGAACUGCGGAGGGAUCUUUUUACAGUAACUUUGGAAGUGCCAAAACGUCGUUUGCCGGAUUUCUUAUCAAAUAAACUGUAAUUGUUUGAAACAUACUUCACAUUGAACAACUACGUAUUUUACGUAUACGAGUAAACUUAUUUGAACAUUUUUUAAAAAAAAUCAUGUUUUGCUUUCCUUGCUUGCCAAUAAUGCUCAAUCCCCUAUCAUACAAUAUUAUCCAAUGAGCAAGCAGAGGACGUCAUCAGUAAUCUACGUCAUCACUUCUUGUGCAAAUGGCCACAGGCUCUUGUUUCUGUAAAUGAGAUUUGACCUUUAUAGUAUAUAGAGGUCAUAACUUAUUUACAAAAACAAGUGCUUGUGGCUUACAUUUAGAUGUAUACACUAGUACAUAUAUUUAGACAGAAGCUAGCUCUGUAUAGCUGACGGAGAAGAUCGGACAGAAGAGAACUGAUGAUAAUUACUAAUUGCAUGUGAAUUUCUUUCCUCCAUUACACGACCAUCUCUCAAGAAGAUCUGUAUUGGUUUUGAAAAACGACACAGUAAGAAAGCAAAAGAAGAAAGGGACAAAUACACUUCAAAUUAUAUAUUAGAUUCAGAAUGUAAAGUGAGCAUUGAGAGGUUAGUCCACAAUGUAAAAUGAGCUUUGUAGGCUUGAUAUGUAAUCUUGAUAUACAAUGCAAAGUGCAAUUUGCAAGCGUGUCAUUAAACAAUUAAAUGCU